CUCAGGGCACGGGGCUGGGGGUGGGCGCGGCCGUGCUGCUGCUGCUCUCCGCGCUGCUUCUGCCGAACCUGAACCUGGAAGGCCCGGAGGAGGAGCCGCCCGGCUCCAGCAUGGUGGAUACAGAAACCCUGCCAAAGUGUCGGGAAGACUUCAGGAUGCAGAAUAAAUCAGUGUUCAUUCUGGGGGCCUCAGGAGAAACUGGCCAAGUGCUUCUCAGAGAAAUCCUGAAAGAGAACCUGUUUUCUAAUGUCACCCUCAUUGGGCGAAGGAAAAUAGAGUUUGAAGAGGAAGCUUAUAAACAUGUGCGUCAAGAAGUGGUGGAUUUUGAAAAGCUUGAUGAAUAUUCCUCAGCUUUCCAAGGCCAUGAUGUUGGAUUUUGUUGUCUGGGGACUACCAGAAGCAAAGCUGGUGCGGAUGGAUUUGUUCGUGUUGACCGGGAUUACGUGUUGAAGUCUGCAGAGCUGGCAAAAGCUGGAGGUUGCAAACAUUUCAACUUACUUUCAUCUAAAGGAGCCGAUAAGUCGAGCAGUUUUUUAUAUUUACAAAUUAAGGGUGAAGUAGAAGCCAAAAUUGAAGAAUUCAACUUUGAUCGGUACACAAUUUUUAGGCCUGCAGUCCUAUUAUGUGACAGAAAAGAAUCUCGCCCAGGUGAGUGGUUGGCCAGAAAAUUCCUUGGUUCACUACCAACCUCUUGGGCCAAAGGUCAUUCUGUACCUGUUACAACUGUUGUUAGAGCAAUGCUUAAUAACCUAAUAAUGCCAAGUGAGAAGAAGAUGGAGUUGCUGGACAACCAGGCUAUCCAUAACCUUGGGAAAGCAGAAGACCUUAACAAGCUAUGACUACACUGGGAAAAAUGCCUUUGACUCUCAUGUCAUAACCAGAUUGAUGUUGUAGAGCUAUAUUGUUUACAUAUAAUAUAAUGUAAUGAUUUGAGGCCUCUUGGUGGAACAGUUGAUAGAAUACUGAAUUUGGAGGCCAGAAACUUGGGUUCAAAUCCUGCUCUAGACACUAGCUAUGUCACCCUGGGCAAA